UUAAACAAAAUUGACUCUCCAGUGACUAUUCAUUCCCGCUUCUCUGUCUGCGCGCUUCGACCUUUCACUUCCGCGCGCCGUGAAAUUCCAACCCCCGCCUCCGUCUUUCCAGCCCCACCUCUGCCUCCGUACGCCGUGAAACUAUUCGGUUCCAUCCUUCAAUUCCGUCAGUCUGCCGUGAAGUUCCAGACACCGCUUCCGUCCGUCGAUAUGAAUUUCCAACCGCCGCCCGUCUUUGUAGCCCUGCCUCCGCACGUCCCCCCCGAUUCCGUCCGCCGUGAUGUUCCAGCCCUUGUUUCCGUCCGUUGUGAAUUUCUAGUCCCCGCCUCCGUUGAACACAUUUUGCCUCUGCCACCGGCACUGCCGACACACCAGACAUUCGUUAAGCCACAGUUGAUACAUAUUAAUGCUAUGAUAAUCGUU